AUGACAGCGCGGGCAGAUGCCCUGCCCUGUGCCAAGUUGCUGCGCCCCAGGUUUCUGGCCGAGAACCCAGUUGAUGAACGCGCCGCCGCGGCCCUGCGCAAUGCGGCGCCGGACGUGCAGCUCCAGGCCAUGGAGCGUGGAAGCCUGGCCGACUGCAAGAACCCAUCCGCAGCCCUCAUGGUGCGCAUCAACGGCUCAGCCGGAAAUGUCGCCAACGCCGCCGGCCUCUCCACGAAGGACAUGCAGGGGACGCCGGAGGAGAUUUGGGCAAAGAUCAUGGCCAAGAACAAAGGAAGUGGCUAUGGAGGCUACGGUGUGGCGCCCACCGACCCCACCACACAGAUUGCCGCUGCACAGAUGGCAGCGGCAGCGCAGCAGCAGCAGCAGCUGGCUGUCCAGCUAUACUACCAGCAGCUGGCUGCCCAGCAGGUCGCCGCGCAGCAGCUGGCCGCUGCGCAGCUCGCAGCUGCGGGGCUGUCGGCGGACUCCGCGGGCCAGACUGCCGAUGCGCUCGCCGCCGCCGCGGCGGCAGAUCCCAGCCUAGCCGCUGCGCUCACUGCCGCAGGUGCCAAUGGCUCACCGGCGCCUGCUGCAGUGGCCACAGCACCAGCAGCUUUGGGCUGUGGGGUCGCAGACCCCCUUUUGGGUGCUGGUCAAUCCGUACCCAGUGAGCCAACCAUGCCAGCAGCGUACCCAAAUGGGGUUGCGGAGCAGUUUCAGCCUGCACCCAUGACAGGGACGAUGAAGGCAGCUCCCCCGCGGCCGCUGGCACCGCAGCCAGGGGUGGUCUCGAAGAUGUCCGGCCCUCCGCCGGCGACGCCACCCAUGUCGGCCCCACCGCCUCCGACACCCCCGCCGAUGCAGCCGCCGCCCCCGCCGGUGCCCGCAGUGCCGGCACCUCCAGCUCCUCCACCGGCACCAGGACAGCCAGGCUACGCGAAGUGGCCCCCUGCGCCUCCUGUCAGACAUGGGCCAUACUGA